ACUAAAGUAGGGUUCUACAUAUCAAGAUGGAUGUGAUGACCAAAGCUCUAAUCUUGAUUAGCAUGAUGGUAUGUCUGACCUCAGUUGCUAAUGCCAUUUCUGGCGAAGCAAUAUUAUACAGGCCACCUUAUGCUCCAUCAAGAUGUUUCGGUCCAAAAGAUCAAGGUGUCAUGGUUGCAAGAGCGCACGGCAGCUUGUUCGCCUAUGGAAAAGCCUGUGGGUGGAAGUACCGAGUUCGUUGCACAAGUGGAAAAAACAAAGCCAUCCCCAAUGCGUGCACUGGAAACACUGUUGAUGUUACAAUUGUAGAUCGUUGCGAGACAUGUGGGGCGGAUGUACUUGAGCUUUCGCAGGAGGCUUUUGCACAGAUUGCACGUCCGGAGCUUGGGAAAGUGAAUGUUGAAUAUGCACAGAUCUGAUGACAGAAAAUAUGAACAUAAAGUUACCAAAUAAAAGCGCAUAUCCUGUUAUAAGAGCAUAUGAAUAAGUGUGACAGGAUAUAUAGAUUGUAUUA